AUGGAACCAGGAGAUGCACCUUUUUGCGAGGGCUCCGGCAGCCUCUGCCGUGUGGUGCCCUCUGCGGAGUUUGCCACAGUUGCCGCAGCCGUUCAGGGUGCUGGCGAUGGGACUCUAAUACAAGUUAAGCCUGGUCAUGCGGAGACGCUGGCGUUCCCUUUGAUCCUCGACCAUGCCGUGUACAUCGAAGGUCCUGCAGACACUUCCGCGAAGUUGGAGGGCGAGGAAGGAUUGAUUGUGGCGGCGGGUGGUGCUGCCAACACCGUAGUGUUGAGUCGCUUGCAUCUGCGGGUUGUUGGAGGGGGCCCUGCCCUGCUUCUUGCUGGUGGCUGCAGCGUGGAGCGCUGUGAGAUUGAUACGUGUGGAAGUGGCGUCGGCAUCGAAGUUGCAGCUCAUUCUGGAAGCGCUGUUCAGAUCCUGCGAAGCGUAAUUCGGGACUGCCAGGUGGGCAUUUCACUGGCAGGGGGUGCUGCGGCCGCGAUUCUCGAGGGUACUCAUAUCGAACGCUGCGCUUGUGGCAUCUCCCUGACGGGUCUCGACGUGGAGGAGGGCUGGAGCGACGCCUUGGUCUCCCUUUCCGGGGCAUCCCUGGCGCUGAACUCCGAGGCCGACCUUCGCUUGAGGGCCUGGAGCAUACGGGAGAAGGCUGGGCAACUCCGGCAGGCCCCUCCUGGACGAGAGAUUUCCGCCUGUGGCUGGCCGUCGGAGCAAUGCAACGUUGUCGCGCCUACGGAUCGAGGUCCUGUGGUGCUGCAUUUCGACGGGGGCAAGGUCAACGCCACGCUCUGGGAUGGCGAGGACGAUGAGGUGGAACAGGACGCGGACAGCAAUGCCUGCAGCUCGUCCUUUCACGAGCUCGACAUCGAACCUGAGCCUGACUGCGCGGACAGAAAGCUGUGA